AUCCGUCAGUCUCCUGUUAUCAUCAUAUUUUUCUCCUCCUUUCUCUUCCCUUCUCCAUUGAAAGAGGAGGACCGGAGGAGGAAAAGAAAAGUACAAGUAUUCCCUCUUUUUUCAGGAGAUAAUUUUUCUGAGCUUUUAUUUUUUUUCUUUUUAUAUAUUUCCAAUAGCUUUGUGUUUUCGAGGGGUUUGGAGAGAUGGGUUUCUUUUCAGUGGUGACAGGGAUACCUGGUCCAAGUGGGUACGGAUCGGCUUCAACUGCUGAGCAGGUUACAGCGGGGAUUGAUGCAAGAAAUCUCAGUGCUAUAGUCACUGGUGGAGCGAGUGGAAUCGGUCUGGAGACAGCAAGAGUGUUGGCACUUCGUGGGGCUCAUGUUAUCAUUGGUGCAAGAAAUGUGGAAGCUGCAAAAGAAGCUAAAGAGCUAAUUCUCAAAGAUAAUGCAUCUGCUCGUGUGGAGGUCUUGCAACUCGAUCUUUGCUCGAUGAAGUCAGUUAGAGCAUUUGUAGAUAGCUUCAAUGCUCUCAAUCUUCCCCUCAAUAUGUUGAUAAACAACGCUGGCGUUAUGUUCUCUCCUUACCAACUUUCGGAGGAUGGGAUAGAGAUGCAGUUUGCAACAAAUCAUCUUGGUCAUUUCCUCUUAACCAAUCUUCUCCUUGAUAAAAUGAAGACAACUGCAAGAGUUUCUGGGGUCGAAGGAAGGAUUGUGAAUUUGUCAUCAAUAGCACACGUCUACACUUACGAGGGGGGAAUACGAUUUGAGGGCAUCAACGAUGAAUCUGGAUAUUCUGAUAAAAAGGCAUAUGGACAAUCUAAACUGGCGAACAUCUUACAUGCCAAAGAACUCUCUCGUCGCUUACAGGAAGAGGGUAUAAACAUUACAGUGAAUUCUCUUCACCCUGGGAUAAUAAUGACAAGCUUAAUGAGGCACUCUGCUCUUCUGAUGAAGGUUUUAAGAUUAUUUACAUUUUACUUCUGGAAGAACAUACAGCAGGGAGCAGCCACUACCUGCUAUGUUGCGCUCCACCCAAGUGUAAAAGGAGUAACAGGAAAGUACUUUCUGGACUGCAACGAGGUCAAACCAAGCACGUUGGCUACAGACUGUGGGCUGGCAAAGAAACUGUGGGAUUUCAGUGAAAAGUUGAUUAGCUCUUCUCAAAAGAGUGGAAAUUAGUGCUACUGUCGAGACAUACCGAUGAGACUAAUAUAUAUCGUUUUUAUCCAGAAAUAUAAUAUGGAAGUAGUAUAUAGAGUAGGGUUUGGUAUUUAAUUUGUUGCUGGUCCCUCGAUCCUGGUCUAUAACAGUAUUCUGCCUCUGCGUGGUUCUUCGUUCACUCUUAUUGUAAUCCAUGGAUUUCAAAAAGAGUUGGCUGGGUGUGAGAUUUAAUUAGUUUGAUUAAUAAUUAAUCUAUCGGAGAUAUGAAAUCAUUUGAAAGAGAGCCUUCUUAUUCGCCUUA